GAUGGCACGUGUUUCCAAUUCGCCUCCCCAGAGAUCUGCCAGAACAGAUCCUUCGUCCUUCAGGCCAUCCAGGCCACACGGGCCUGGUGGCUUCUAAAGUUUGUCUCCGCCGAGCUCCUGGCGGACGAGAGCUUCGUGGAGGAAUGCCGGGCCUGUGCCGGGUUCGGCUUGGUUUUCACCUUCUACGAGAACUACUCCUGCUCUGCGAUGAUGCGAAAGCUCUUUAAGACGACAGUGGCCUCCGUCCCAGGAGGCACUGCCUAUCAGGGAGUCAUGGAGAUGCUGAACGGAGCCGAGCAUGGGAGCACUGCCACCGUCUGGUUCGGAGAUGAGCUGGUCUUCGGGAACAGCGCAGACGAUGGCAACUGGAUCCAUCCCAGUGGCGACUGUGGCCGGGACAACGUCCCAGUGCCCAUCGGAGACUGCGAUGCGAAAUGGAGGUCUCCCGUGGAAUCGCGAAGUGCCCGACAAGAGCCAGACCCCGGAGAAAGCUACAAGUGCUGGUGUUGCCACUGGAUCCGGGAGGUGCGGAAGCACCAUGAGACCGGCGCCAUCAUCUGCUGCGCCGUUUCGAACAUCUAUGAAAGGGGUUGGGUGGAAGAAUACAGCGCCGGCUCCUCCGAGCUUUCGGAUGCGGACGCCACGGCUCUCGAACUACCAAGGGAAGUCUUCCGGAACGGCCAGCCCAGGGGUUGGGGAGAAGGGACGAUCAGGAUCUCCAAAGGGCUCAGCUUCCAUCGCAAAGCGCCCAUCCACUCGGACACAAGGAAGCCACUGGGGGUGGGCUGCCGAUGGGAGCGGCACGUUUUAGAUAACCUCGGCUUCCCUGUCUAUGCCUUCUUCAUGCCGUAA